AUGACCGAAAAUGGGGGUGGGUAUUCUUUGGGAUUUGAUGAUUUUUCUAAGAAAUUUUUCCAAUCCUUAGGUUUCCUCAUCAUUUUCCUGUGGUUUUCCCCAUCCACCGUUUUUUAUCUUCUGGUUUUCUCUCAUCCCAAUCUCUCUCCAUUCCUCUCCUUCCUUGGGUUUUUAAAAUUUCGAGAUAGGUAAGGUUGGGCACCCUCAAAGAUGAAAAUUUUUUUUAUAUUCUGAGACAACUCGAAGAUUUUUAAAUAUUUUUUUGUUUUGUUUUAAAGACUUUCCCCGCCCACCUAAUCUCUAUGAUAGAUUGAUUCCCUUUUUUCAUGAUCA